AGUCCGCAGCAGAGCCAACAACAACAACAACAAAAAGCAUUCGGAAUAGAGAGACAAGGAAUGAACGGUUGAGGCGGAUCCAGCUCGCAUUGCCGGGGUUCUCUCUCUCCCCUCUCAACUUUCUAGACAGAGAAACACUCAGCGGAGCUCCUCCUUGGCCUUCCACACCCAUAUCAAGCAAAGAGGAAGAAGAAGAAGAAGAAGAAGAAGCUGGGACUGUCCGUUCGUUGAUUAGGUUCCAGGGGAUUUGUCCGUACGGAUUGGAGUUAUUUUGUUUUGUUUCUGUUGGUGGCUGGUGGUGGUGGGUUCUGCCUUUGGCUGGGUUUAUGCCAGUGGAAGGUCAUUCCAUGAUUGUGUUUGCAUAGUUAGCAGGAGGAAUGCAGAGGUCUGCAGAAUCUAAAGCUGGGAGUAAGGUAGUAGCAGUAGGUGCAUGCAUGGGUCCAGGGAAACAAAUGGGUCAUCAGUUGCCUCAGCUGCAGGUAGGUUUGGUUAGAGAAGCAGUGGAAAGGUUCAAUUCCAAAGAACCCCACAUCACUGGUUUUCCAGUCCCUGUAAGGCCACCAUGGAAAGGAAAAGACUCCGUUCCCCUCCAAGAAGAGCUAAUUCCUAAUGUUGUCAUGUCUAAGGCCAUUGUUGAUUCCUUUGAUGAAGCUGGAUCUAGCUCUUUCUCUGGGGCUAGUCAUCCUGCAGAACCAGUCGACACCGAUCUCAUGAGAACUGUUUAUGUCCCCAUUGGCCAGAAGAAAUCUGAGACCGGAUGUCUUAUGAGGAGCAUGUCUGUAAAGGGCCCUUACAUAGAAGAUCUCUCAAUCGGGGUCCCGGUUAAGAAACCGAGUUCCACUAUCCUUUCACCGGCUGAUAGUUUGGAUGAAGAACCCAGUGACUUGCUUUCCUUGCCACCUGAUGAUUUGGAUGGGAAGGAAUGCGUAUGGGAUGCUUCUCUGCCUCCAAGUGGCAAUGUCAGUCCAAUGAGCGUUGUUCAUAGCUGUGCCAGCACAUAUAGAAGUGAUGUCAUGACGAGCGAUGGCAUGCUGAGUAUCGACAGACACUACGAGAGUACCAAAGGGAGUGUCAGUGUUAGAGGCGAUUCACUUGAGAGUGGCAAGACUAGUGUUAGUCGAGCCAGUGAUAGCAGCAGUGGGCUUAGUGAUGACAGUAACUGGAGCAACAUCACUGGGAGUGCGAACAAGCCUCACAAGGGCAAUGAUCCAAGGUGGAAGGCUAUUCUUGCAAUCCGAGCUCGUGAUGGGAUUUUGGGGAUGAGCCACUUUCGAUUGCUUAAACGGCUCGGUUGUGGUGACAUUGGAAGCGUCUACCUGUCAGAACUCAGUGGGACCCGGUGUUAUUUCGCGAUGAAGGUAAUGGACAAGGCUUCGCUUGCUAGCAGGAAGAAGUUGACCAGGGCUCAGACGGAGAGGGAGAUUCUUCAGCUUCUGGAUCAUCCCUUUCUACCUACGCUGUAUACUCAUUUCGAGACAGACAGAUUCUCGUGUUUGGUAAUGGAAUACUGUCCUGGUGGCGAUUUGCAUACUCUGAGGCAGCGCCAGCCUGGGAAGCAUUUCUCUGAGUAUGCUGCAAGAUUCUAUGCAGCAGAGGUGUUAUUAGCAUUGGAGUAUCUUCACAUGCUUGGAGUAGUCUACAGGGAUCUAAAACCUGAAAACGUUCUUGUUCGUGACGACGGCCACAUUAUGCUCUCAGACUUUGACCUCUCUCUUCGAUGCACAGUUUCACCCACUUUGAUAAGGACUUCAAACGACUCGGACCCAUCAAAGCGUGGCGGUGGUGCUGCAUUCUGCGUUCAGCCUGCAGCUUGCAUCGAACCAACAUCCGUUUGCAUUCAGCCAGCUUGCUUCAUCCCUCGUCUCUUCCCACAGAAGAACAAGAAGAAAACAAGCCAAAAGUCCAGGGCAGAUCUCGGGCUGCCUUAUUGUGCUCUCCCUGAGCUGGUUGCAGAACCCACUGCUGCCCGCUCCAUGUCAUUCGUUGGCACCCACGAAUACCUCGCCCCUGAAAUAAUUAAAGGUGAAGGCCAUGGCAGCGCUGUUGACUGGUGGACAUUUGGCAUCUUCCUCCAUGAGCUGCUGUAUGGGAAAACCCCAUUCAAAGGGUCAGGCAACAGGGCAACGCUGUUCAAUGUGGUCGGGCAGCAGCUGAAGUUCCCGGAAGCCCCAGCAACGAGCUACGCAGGCCGGGAUUUGAUCCGUGGCUUGCUGGUGAAGGAACCACAGCACAGGCUUGGAGUGAAGAGAGGCGCGACGGAGAUCAAGCAGCACCCUUUCUUUGAAGGCGUGAACUGGGCUCUCAUACGAUGCAGCACUCCGCCGGAAGUGCCUAGACCAAUGGAGGCUGAGCUGCCGCCGGGGAAGUAUGGUGCUGUGAACACUGUUGGGGUUGGUAGCAACAGUAAGAGAAUGGUGGGCCAAAGUCAACAACAACAGCAACAGACUGACAUGAUGAAGUCCGGGGGUAAAUAUCUGGAUUUCGAGUUCUUUUAGUAGUGAUUAUUAGGGCUAAUAUCCCCGUCUUUUGUUUUCUUUUACUCUUCUGGUUAUGGGUAGCACUUCCUAGUGUUGUGAUCUGAGAACAUUGCAGUUGCAUUUUACUGUCUGGUUGGUUUGGUCUGAUGAGAAAUAUAUUGAUGACACUUCAGGUCGGCCAGCCUCAGACCUCAGUAGGAUAUCUAUAUCAAUCAAUUACAACACUCUCUGUAGUUUUUUUUUUUUUUUGCAUGCAAAGAACCCUCUGGAGUCCGGAC